AUGCAGAUUCCAACUCAAGGUGGCGGCACUGUUACUGUCCCUUAUUCAAUGAAUGCUAACGGUGAGAUUGCGUUCAGUGGAAUGCAACUCAGCCAACAAGGCUUCAGUGGUGCCCAAGUGCGCCAAGGAUUUGAUGCAACUCAAGCUCGAACUCCGCAGGUUGUGAAGACUGGCUAUUAUGAUACGUCAAAUGUCUUUCACGAUGCUAUCAAGGGAAAGGACGAGAAUGGCAAUGAUAUCUAUCUUGUUCCAUGUCCUACUGGAACGACUAAUGUCGAACUUCAAUCCGACUGGCACUAUGCUAGUAAAAGUGAAGACUUGCCAGAUCUUGCUACUGAAGCAGAUCGAGGUAUGCAGUUUAUUCAAAGCCGCAGAAUCGAAAGAAAUCCGUUUGGUUUGCUCGAUCACGUCAUCAUGGACAGUGGUUGCACCAACACUACCAUUUGUAAUUGUGAGCUCAUACAUGGACUAUGUCAAGCUGAGAAAGAGCUCGACAUGCACACUAAUGUGGGUAGCAGAGUUCUCGAUGAAGAAGGGUUUCUAGGAAGAUUUCCGCCUCCAGUCUAUUAUGAUGAAGACGGAAUUGCCAAUGUACUUGCUAUGCGCGAGAUGAUUGCUGCGGGAUACCGCAUUACCAUGCUGUGGAUAAGGAAUUGA